CUGAUCCAAGUGAAUCUCGUCUGACCAGAGUCCUCGAAACACCAUGGACAGACGCCUAGGGCGCCAACCACGGACAUUAAAUUGCUGACUGCUUCCUUUCCGCACCGUUUGUCUACUCAAUUAGCCUUGUUCCUUCUUCCCCGCCUUUGAUAGCAAAAGUAGCAGCAGCAAUCAGUCACAAUGUCCGCUACCGAGGAUGUGCAACAACUCGACGGACCGUCGCUCGCGGAGCAGGACAAGCUGGCGAAGCGCGAGUCGGGCGUCAGCGAGCAGUCGCCAAUGCGGCUGCGGAUGGAAAAGUUCAUCCACGAGCAGCAAAAGGAAAUCGUGGCGGGGCUGGAAGAGGUGGACGGCAAGCUCUUCCAGGUGGACACGUGGCAGCGGCCGCACGGCGGCGGGGGCAUAACGUGCGUGCUGCAGGACGGCAAUGUGUUUGAAAAGGCCGGAGUCAACACGUCGGUGGUGUACGGGACGCUGCCGCGGGCGGCGAUCCAGAAGAUGCGCGUCAACCACAAGGCGCUGGACCCGGACGUCGAGUCGGUCGAGUUCUUCGCGGCGGGCCUGUCGAUGGUGCUGCACCCGUCGAACCCCAUGGCGCCGACGGUGCACCUCAACUACCGCUACUUUGAGACGGCCGACGCCGACGGCGGCACCCAGGCCUGGUGGUACGGCGGCGGCUGCGACCUGACGCCCUCGUACCUCUUCGACGAGGACGCCAUCCACUUCCACAAGACGAUCAAGGAGGCGUGCGACGCCCACGACCCGGCCUACUACCCGCGCUUCAAGAAGUGGUGCGACGACUACUUCAACAACAAGCACCGCAGCGAGAGCCGCGGCGUGGGCGGCAUCUUCUUCGACGACCUAGACGAGACGGAAAAGGACCAGGAGCAGCUGUUCAGCUUCGUGCAGGACUGCCUCAAGGCCUUCCUGCCCAGCUACGUGCCCAUCAUCGAGAGGCGCAAGGUCAUGCCCUUUACCGACGAGGAGAAGCAGUGGCAGCAGAUCCGCCGCGGCCGCUACGUCGAGUUCAACCUGGUGCACGACCGCGGCACCAGCUUCGGCCUCAACACGCCCGGCUCCCGCGUCGAGAGCAUCCUCAUGAGCCUGCCGCUCACGGCCCGCUGGCAGUACAUGCACGAGCCCGAAAAGGGCAGCCGCGAGGAGCGCCUGCUCAACGUCCUCAAGAACCCCGUCGACUGGGUCCAUUAACGCCGUUUCAUGUCCGUAUAUGACAAGGGAGCCGAGAUAAUUUUUUCUUUCGAUGACGAUGAUGCGUAGCGGGCAUAUAUACAUACUACCACUA